AGCUGACGGGCGUGCUGGCGGCCAGAGGGCUCGCGGUGGCGCGGAGUCUGGAUUGCUCGUCGCGCGGAGGACCAUGGCCGCCUCUCCCGGGUCCGCCGGCCUCGGCAGCGCCGGAGCUGUCCACGGCUCUAGCCCGUCGGGCUUUGCCUUCGACUCGGGACUCGAGAUCAAAACGCGCUCGGUAGAGCAGACGUUGCUCCCGCUGGUUUCUCAGAUCACUACGCUUAUUAAUCAUAAAGAUAAUACCAAAAAGUCUGAUAAAACUCUGCAAGCAAUUCAACGGGUUGGACAAGCCGUGAACUUGGCAGUUGGAAGAUUCGUCAAAGUAGGGGAAGCUAUAGCCAAUGAAAACCGGGAUUUGAAAGAAGAGAUAAAUAUUGCUUGUGUUGAAGCUAAGCAAGCAGGAGAAACAAUCGCUGCUCUUACAGACCUAACCAGCUCGAAUCAUCCAGAACCUGGUGGCCAGAUCACAAUUUUUACAGAUAAAGCAGGAGUGAUAAAAGCUGCAAGGUUACUUCUUUCUUCCGUAACAAAGGUUUUGUUGCUGGCAGACCGAGUAGUUAUUAAACAGAUAAUAACAUCAAGAAAUAAGGUUCUUGCAACUAUGGAAAGACUAGAGAAAGUGAACAGCUUUCAAGAAUUUGUUCAGAUGUUCAGUCAAUUUGGAAACGAAAUGGUGGAGUUUGCGCAUCUAACGGGAGAUAGGCAAAAUGAUUUGAAAGAUGAAAAGAAAAAAGCAAAAAUGGCAGCAGCUAGGGCAGUUCUUGAAAAGUGCACAAUGAUGCUUCUCACUGCUUCAAAGACAUGUCUGAGGCACCCCAAUUGCGAAUCAGCCCAUAAAAAUAAAGAGGGAGUAUUUAACCGUAUGAAAGUGGCGUUGGAUAAGGUCAUUGAAAUAGUGACUGACUGUAAGCCAAAUGGAGAGACUGACCCUUCAUCUGUCAGUGUUUUCACUGGAAUUAAAGAAUUCAAGUUGAAUAUUGAAGCUCUCCAAGAGAAUCUUUACUUUCAGUCCAAAGAGAACCUUUCUGCAACCUUGGAGGUCCUUCUGGAGCGUACAGAGGACUUCACGGAUUCUCCCUAUACCAGCCACGAGCACCGAGAGCGCAUCCUGGAGCUGUCGGCGCAGGCGCGAACGGAAUUGCAGCAGCUCAUUUCUGUGUGGAUUCAAGCUCAAAGCAUGAAAACAAAAAGCAUUGCUGAGGAACUAGAAUUAUCUACUUUGAAAAUCAGUCACAGUCUCAAUGAACUUAAGAAAGAACUUCACAGUACAGCGACACAGCUGGCCUCAGAUCUCUUAAAAUACCAUGCCGACCCUGUGGUUCUGAAAGCAUUAAGACUGACUGGACUAGAAGGAAACUUGGAUGCUCUGGCUGAAUAUGCCUGUAAACUCUCUGAACAGAAAGAGCAGCUUGUUGAGACCUGUCGAUUGCUGCGACACGUGUCUGGAACAGAACCUCUUGAAAUAACCUGUAUACACGCAGAAGAGACAUUCCAGGUGACUGGUCAACAGAUCAUUUCAGCUGCUGAGACAUUGACCUUGCAUCCAUCUAGCAAAAUUGCUAAAGAAAACUUAGAUGUAUUUUGUGAAGCUUGGGAAUCUCAAAUCAGUGACAUGUCCACACUACUACGAGAAAUUACUGACGUGUUUGAAGGAAGACGAGGAGAGAAGUAUGGCUACCUUUCACUUCCAAAGACAACGAAGAAUAAUGCAAAUCUCAAACCCCUGAAGACGGACAAGCCUGACUCUGAGGAGCAAGCCAGGGUAGCACGGCUUGGACUGAAGCUCGGGUUGCUCUCCUCCGACGCCGACUGUGAAAUUGAGAAGUGGGCAGAUCGGGAGAAUGACAUUGUUCGGCACGGACGCAACAUGUCCAGGAUUGCCUAUUCUCUUUAUUUGUUUACUAGAGGAGAAGGGCCACUGAAAACUUCCCAGGAUUUAAUACAUCAACUAGAGGUUUUUGCCACAGAAGGUUUAAAGUUUACUUCAAGUAUCCAAGCUUUCUCAAAACAGCUGAAAGAUGAUGACAAACUUACGCUGCUCUUGGAAAUAAACAAGCUAAUCCCUCUGUGCCAGCAACUUCAGACCAUAAUCAAGACAUCACUGCAGAGCAAAGUGCUCCCUAAGGUUGACAAGUGUAUUACAAAGACAAGAUCCAUGAUGGCUCUCUCGGUUCAACUUCUUUCACUUUGCUAUAAACUGAUGAAGAAGCUUCAGACAGAAAAUGUCAGAUGGGGCUCAGUCACUAGUAAAGACAUCGUGGAUGGCAAACCCUGAGAAGAUUCUGGAAUGCAGUCUUUGAAACUUUGUGUGGCAAAACUGACAUCUUAAAGAAGCAAAUGAACUUUCAUAUUUUAAAAAACUCAGCAUGUUUAUAAAGAAAAUACUACUGAAAUCCUACUUUAUUUUCUGGUCAUGAAAUUGGUUGUGAAGCCCUUGACAAUGAAUAAACACCCUGGUAGAAUU